AUGAUCGCCACGAUCGUGCUGCUCGCUUCGCUCCUCCUGCCGCUGGCGUCAGCGAGCCGUGUCGCUGUCGUUGCGGGUACGCACGGCAACGAGUUCACCGGUGUCUAUGUGAUUGAGCAACUCGAGCCGGCUGCUCUCCGGCGUGACUACCCUUCGCUUCGCGUCGAGACGCUCAUCGCCAACCCUCGCGCCUUCUCCGCGACCCGCCGCUUCAUCGACGCCGACCUCAACCGGCAGUUUGCAGGGCGGAGGUCGGAGGACACGCAGCAGCUCGAGGCGGUCCGCGCAGCCGAGAUCGAGGCGCAGCUCGGUCCAAAGGGCUCCGCGCAGGCUUGCGACGUGGUGGUCGACCUGCACACGACCACGUCCAACAUGGGCUGCACACUCAUCGUCAACUCGUACUGCCAGCUCGCCCUCCGCGCAGCUGCCUACCUGACGCAGGCAUGGGCCGGCGGCGGAGGAGAGGCCCACGCCUCGCAGGCGGCGGCGCCGUACCUCUGCUCCGUCGGCCGGGCGGGUCUCACCAUCGAGGUCGGGCCGACACCGACGGGCCUCCUGCGCGCGGACGCCGUCGCCACCACGCAGUCCUCGCUCUCCGCCUCCUCCUCCUCCUUGCCCCGGAGCCUUCUCGGACCCUCCGGCCGCGCUCCGCAGCCGCCCCCGACGGUGCGAGUGUACGUCGACGCGGCGCGCGUGCCGUGGCCGGCGGCCGAGGGCGGAUCGCGCCUGCCGGGCGCGCUCAUCGCGCCCGGGCUGCAGGACCGCGACUUUGAGCCGCUCGCCGCCGGAGACGCGCUGUUCGUGCGGCGCAACGGGCGCGUGGUCGAGUACGACGGCGAGAGCGGCGCCGUCGUGUACCCGGUCUUUGUCAACGAGGCCGCGUACUACCACGCGCAGUCGGGCGCGGCGGGGGUGGCGCUCGCCACGCUGGCGGACUGGCCGAUCGAGGACGUCACGCCGGAGUCGAGGUAG